AUGGCACUGGUGAUGAUAAGGUCUCGGGUGGUGUUUCUAUUAUUGUCAAUAGGAAUGUCGCCCAGUCCGAAAUCACACUCAAUUCUCCUCUACAGUGUCCACGACGAUCUCUGCCACAGUGAUCAUUAUCCUGUAAUUCUAUGGAAUAAUGGUCCUUCACCUGUACACAGGCCACAAAGAUGGAAACUCUCCAAAGCUAAUUGGCCUCUCUUUGAGGCUCUUUGCAUUUCUUCUUUUCCUCAAGAUGAUCUAGAUGAGGCAGAAGACCCGAUGGAAUUAUUUACCACCAUCUUACAAGAUGUAUCGGGUCGGGCGAUUCGUAAAACCUCGGCAACUCCAAAACGAUUCAAUAAACCAUGGUUUAACGAAGACUGUAAGACAGCACUGAAAGAACGUAAUCGUGCUCUACGACUCCUUGAACGUUCUCCUACUGAUAACAAUGUGGCCUCUUUUCGCAUUGCACGGGCGAAAGCCAGAAGGACUAUCCGCCAAGCAAAGAGGUCGUCAUGGCAGGAGUACGUUUCAAGGAUCAACAGUCGUACGUCUUCUAAAUCAGUCUGGGAUAGGAUUCGUAGGAUCAAGUGUAAAGCGGAUACAAUAUCUGUGAACCAUCUAGAAAUAGACAGUUCAACUCUCACCACUCUUCCAGAUAUUGCUAAUUCCUUGGGCCACACUUUUUCGUAUAAUUCUUCCUCUAACUUUUCCUCGGAUGCUUUUCGGAGAGUCAAACUCCGGGAAGAGAGGAAAAAACUUAAUUUUACAUCAAAAAACGAGGAAUAUUAUAAUGAUAUAUUUAAGAUCUCCGAAUUAAAGUUUUCUCUGAAACAGGCUCAUGAUACAGCUACUGGACCUGAUGAUAUACAUUAUUAG